GUUUUUAGACCUUUCCUCCUUUUCUUUUUCUUUCAAUUUUCUUUCUUCGCCUUGAUCAUUAAUGGUAAAAGACUUUCCUUUUUCUUUUAUAAAUAUUUCCUCUCUCUUCAACAUGGCUUGAAAAGAACCCGCACCCUUCAAAUAUAUGCAUAUAUAUUUAUCUCUCUCUCUCUCUCAAAACUGAACUCUCUUUUUUCUUCUCUCUCUUUCUCAAAGAAAAAACAAUAAAAAAACCCUUUGGUUUCAUAGAAAAGCCCCUUCCCCAGGAUCUACUCUGUUGAAACUCAGACUGAGAUAGAGAUUGCAGAGAAAAGGAUAGCAGAUAAGCUUCAGAAAACAACCUUCUCAUAAGCUUUUCUAUAAGGUGCCUUUGGAGGAGUAAUUUGUUUUAUUAUUUGUUGUUCUUCUUUUGGACUGCGGCUGAGAGCAUCCCAUUUUUUGCUGAUUCAAGUUAUUGGUAGAAAUCUGGCAUGAGUUGGAAUAAUCAACUAUUUGCAUCUAGGAGAUGAGUGGGGAAUUGCAUAGGGUCUCAGCAAUACUGUUUUAGUGAAUUGGAUUGCAAGUGAUAGAUUGGCAUCUCAUGAUUGCAGCUGGGGCUGGAAUGUUGAUGUGUUAGCAGUCACCAUAGCAGUAAUUCUGGGAAAGUGCAUUUUAAAUGCCCAUCGGUCCUGCUGUGCGAGGGCUGUGGUUAGAUGUACAUUCCUUUUCUAGCAAGCCUUGGAGAAAAUGGCUGGACUGUUUGCUUUCUCUUGUUAAGUCGUGUUUAGUCAAAGAAGUUGCUGAUGUCCUGCUGAAUGUCUUUUGAUAUGUAUCAUCACUCCUCAGGAGAUGCAGUCGCUGUGAGCAACCAUGUAAUUGUGUAGCUUGUUGAGCAUUGGAAGUUGUUUUGCUAUUCUGAAGAGUUUUUUAGAUUCUGUACUACGCUGGAAUUUGUAUAUUAUCUAAAUUUCUACUUAACAACAUGGAGGCUGAGACAGGGAAUGGUAACCACCAACCAGGUGUUCUUCAUCGGAUGCUUCCUGCUGUUCUACCUGUUCUUCUAAUAUCAAUUGGAUAUAUUGACCCUGGAAAGUGGGUUGCAACUGUUGAAGGAGGUGCACGUUUUGGUUUUGAUCUGGUAGCCCCCAUGCUUCUUUUUAAUUUUGCCGCCAUUUUGUGUCAAUACAUGUCAGCUCGAAUUGGUGUAGUCACUGGAAGAGAUCUUGCUCAGAUUUGCAGCGAUGAGUAUGAGAAGCCCACUCAAAUAUUCUUAGGAGUUGAAGCAGAGCUUUCUGUGAUUGUAUUGGACCUUACCAUGGUUUUGGGUGUUGCACAUGGGAUUAAUCUUCUCUUCGGGGUGGAUCUGUCCACGGGUGUUUUUUUAGCUUCUCUUGAUGCUGUUUUAUUCCCUGUUUUUGCCACUCUCCUGGAUCACUGCCGGGCAAGUUUCCUAUGCAUAUAUGCAGCGGGUUUCAUAUUGCUUUCUUAUGUUUUUGGAGUGCUCAUUAGUCAACCAGAAAUUUCUCUUCCCAUGACUGGGAUGCUAACAAAGUUGAGCACAGAGAGUGCAUUUGCCUUGAUGAGUCUCCUUGGAGCAAGCAUCAUGCCUCACAAUUUUUAUCUACAUUCUUCUAUUGUUCAGCAGCAUCAAGGACCGCCAAAUAUUUCUAAGAGUGCCUUAUGCCACAACCAUUUUUUGGCCAUCUUAUGCGUCUUCAGUGGUAUUUAUCUAGUAAGUUACGUGCUGAUGAAUUCAGCUGCAAAUGUGUUCUGCAGUGCAGGCCUUGUCUUAGUUACUUUUCAAGAUGCAAUAUCACUAAUGGAACAGGUGUCCAGGAAUGGUCUACUGCCCUUAGUCUUUUUGCUGGUUAUGUUCUUAACUAAUCAAAUUACUGCGUCAACCUGGAAUCUUGGUGGGCAAGUUGUCUUGCACGAUUUCCUUGGGCUUGACAUACCAGGUUGGCUUCAUCGUGCAACAAUCAGAAUUAUUGCAAUGGUCCCAGCUCUUUAUUGUGUGUGGACUUCUGGAGCUGAAGGGAUAUAUCAGUUGCUUAUCUUAUCUCAGGUCAUAAUAGCUCUUAUGCUUCCAUCUUCAGUGAUCCCCCUGUUUCGGAUUGCUUCAUCAAGACCAAUAAUGGGUGUCUAUAAGAUUUCUCCAAUUGUGGAAUUCCUAGCGCUGGUAACAUUCAUGGGGAUGCUGGGCUUAAAGAUAAUUUUUGUUGUAGAAAUGAUAUUUGGGAAUAGUGAUUGGGUGGGUAAUUUUGGAUUGAAUACUGGCAUGAACAUUUCUGUUCCUUUUGUUGUUCUUCUUGUAACUGCUUGUGCAGCAUUUUCUUUGAUGCUUUGGCUAGCAGCUACUCCUUUAAAAUCUGCUAGUUCCAGACAUGAAGCUCAUGCAUGGAACUGGGAUUUGAGUAGAACUGUUCCUGAGGCAGCUAUGGAGAGGGAGGAAAAUGAUUUAAGUGAAACCAGUUAUCAUGGAGAGGAACCUGCUCAUAUGCUGGAAAGACCAUCAACACCAGAAAAGUCUAUUGAGAGUCUUUCAGAUUUAUCUUUUCCAAAUUAUGAUCUGGAUUUGCCUGAAACAAUACAGGAGUCUGACCAGGAUAUACAUUUGACUACUGUUAAUGAGAACUCUUCUAAUAUUAUAUAUCCUACUCCCUCAGUUUGUAACACCCAGGAAUCAGCUUCAACUGUAGUUAAUGAGGUAGCAGAUCAUGAUUUACCUGGCAUUAAAACUCUGAAGAUUGAAUCGAUGAAGCCUGUGGAGAAAACAGUGAGUUUAGAGGGAGACCUGCAGAUUGAAAAAGAUGAUGAUGAUGGAGAUACUUGGGAGCAUGAAGAGCCAUCCAAACCUCCUUCUGGAAGUAUUUCCUCUUUGACACCAGAUGGCCCUCCUUCAUUCAGGAGCCUCAGUGGGAAAAGUGAUGACAGUGGGAAUGGUACCGGGAGUCUCUCUAGAUUAGCAGGAUUAGGGCGUGCUGCAAGGCGUCAAUUAGCUGCCAUUCUUGAUGAAUUUUGGGGGCAAUUGUAUGAUUUUCAUGGACAACCUACCCAAGAAGCAAAGGUGAAGAAACUAGAUGUAUUAUUAGGUGCUGAUCCAAAGCCACUAAAAGUGGAUACUACUGGGAAGGAAUAUUGUGGGUAUUUCCCUUCGAUAGGGGGAAGAGGAUCUGAUGCGCUUAUCACUUCUAGUCUGUAUGACUCUCCAAAGCAAGUGAAGGUGCAAAAUACUAUCGAUUCAUCGUAUGGGUGUUCAAGAGGUUCUUCUUCCUUGUGGUCAAAUCACGUGCAGUUAUUGGAUGCGUAUGUUCAAAAUUCGAGCCGUAAUGUUGAUUCUGGUGAAAGGAGGUACUCUAGUUUGCGUGCUGCACCCUCUACUGGUGCAUGGGAUUAUCAACCAGCUACAGUGCAUGGAUAUCAGAUUGCGUCCUAUUUCAAUCGAUUUGCCAAGGAUAGAAGCUCCGAUAGCUUGAAUGGUCAAAUGGAGUUACAAGCAUCGAAAUCUCCUGCCCUGGACCCUACAAAUUAUAGGGAAUCCCUGGCUUUCACAUUAGGGCAAAAAUUGCAAGAUGGGAUAACUCAUGCUCAAGCCCCUGGAUUUCAGAAUGUUGCGGUUUCUAGAAAUAAUCCAUUACAAUCCGAAAGAUCUUAUUAUGACAUGAGCUCCUCUGGAACUAAUGAAAUUUCUGGGAUACCAGUCAAUUCAAAGAAGUAUCAUAGCUUACCAGACAUAUCAGGGCUUUCUGUUCCUCAUCGGGAUCUGUACAUGUAUGAGAAGAGUGCUCAGUGGGAUAGUUCCAUUGGAUAUGGGUCAUCCGUUGGUAGGAAAAAUUAUGAAACAUCCAUGUAUUCAAAUGCUGGCUCAAGGGCAGGAGGUCCAUUGGUCUUUGAUGAGCUUUCUCAAUCAAAGGGUUACAGAGAUGCUUUGCCAUUACAGUUGAGUUCAAGUUCAGACAGUGGAUCCCUUUGGUCUAGACAGCCUUUUGAGCAGUUUGGUGUAGCUGAGAAAAGAUGUACUGCUGGUAGUGAGGCAUUUGGAAGUGGGUUGAACUCAGUAACUCAGAAAACUGCUUCUGGUGUGGAUUUAGAAUCCAAGCUUCUUCAAUCUUUCCGAGAUUGUAUAAUAAGGCUAUUAAAAUUAGAUGGGUCUGACUGGUUAUUUAGACAAAAUGACGGGGCCGAUGAGGAUUUAAUUGAUCGUGUAGCAGCAAGGGAGAUGUUUCUUUUUGAUGCUGAAGCUAAACAGAUAAGCCAGGUUGUUCACACGGGUGAACCUCAAUACAUGUCUUCUGAAAGGAGCUAUGGUUCUACACCAAAGAGUGACGAGGCAAGUUUUGCCAAUGUUUUAAUUUCAUCAAUUCCUCAUUGUGGGGAGGGCUGUAUUUGGAAAGCGGAUUUGAUCAUAAGCUUUGGAGUGUGGUGCAUUCACCGGAUCCUUGAUCUUUCACUGAUGGAAAGCCGACCAGAACUGUGGGGAAAAUACACUUACGUGCUUAAUCGUCUCCAGGGUGUCAUAGAUCUGGCAUUUUCAAAGCCUCGAACCCCAAUGUCACCAUGCUUCUGCCUUCAAAUCCCCAUGGAAUAUCAGCAGAGGUCAAGUCCUGUUUCAAACGGAAUGUUGCCCCCAGCUGCAAAACCUGGUAGGGGUAAGUGUACCAAUGCAGCUACUCUCUUGGAUAUAAUUAAGGAUGUGGAGAUUGCUAUAUCUUGCCGGAAAGGUCGAACAGGUACUGCUGCUGGUGAUGUAGCCUUUCCGAAGGGAAAAGAGAACUUGGCAUCCGUCCUUAAACGCUAUAAGCGAAGAUUGGCCAACAAGCCAGUUGUUACCCAUGAGGGGUCUGGAUCACGCAAGAUUCAGACAUCAGCUCCAAUGUUGGCUUCUUACAGUUCAUAGCUUUUAUUCCAGUUUUCCUUGAUGGGUUCACGGCUGCUGAGCUGUUUGAUUUUCAGAGGCAGCUCAUGCGCUUGCUCACUUCUCACAGGACUUUCAAAACCAAGCUCCUCUUUCCUCCUCUCAUGUGUAUUAGAAGUCAGAGCUGCAAAUUUUAUUUCCAUGUAUGUUAUAUAUAAAUAGGAUAAAAGUUUACUGGAUGUGUAAUUGCAGCAGAAUGAAUGAAAAUGAGUUGGAAGAAAGGUGGAAAUUGAUCUAUAGCAAAUGUCAUCUCUCUGGGUUUUCAGUUUUUCACUUGAUUUGAAUUGUCAUGAUUGAACCAAUCUUGUUGUACUAUUGCUCUAACUUGGUCUGCUAAUCAGGAAAAUUAGUGGCUGAAAUUUGGAGUAGUGAUUUUUAGAGCUUACCCGGACGACAAAGUUUAAUAAAUAAAGGCAGUAGGCCUGGACUAGUGGGGAGACACGUGGAUGAUUACGCAAUCAAAAGGCUAAACCAGACCCCACAGCAGUGAUUAUAUCUUUUUUCAACUCAGUUAUAUGCUGCAGGUGAUUAUCAUCAUUCAAUCGUAUUUGAUACUCAUAAUUUACCGGCUUCCACCAUCUCCUCUGCUUAAAAGAAUAGUCAAAAGAAGAGGAGACAAGCAACUUUUAAGUCAUUUUCAAGAGUUGCAUAGCCCUUCCAUUGAAAUUUGGUUACUCUUUGCAAGAUGGGUUAUGUUCUAGUGAUAUCUUUUCCACUGAUCUUGCUUAUCCUGAUCCUAGCCCUUGCAUUUUAUCUUCUUGGUAGAGCUCGGGGUCGUAGUGAAAGACCUGCCCAAUAGUUUGGGCCACCUGCACCACCAGCUUCAGCUCCAGCCUCACCUCCACCACCCCCACAAGGAAAAUCAUCCGAGGUCUAGAAUUUCUGAAAGUUUGGCUUGUAUAAUGGGUAAUAACGUUUAGGGUUUCAUGUUACUUUGCUUAAUAUUUGAUUAGUUCUGCAAAAUUUCAGCUUCAUUUUGUAUGAUUCUUAGUUUCCAUUGAAUAAUAUUUUGAAGCAUUUCCAAUUGCCA